UACCACCUGAUGGUAAGAGUUUUCCAUCACAAUUACCCACCCCGUAUGUGGUUUUCCCACGCGCAUCGAUCCGCGUGUAAGCGCGUGAAAUUUGAACACAGAUCUCUUUUCUCGUCUCGGUCUCCCUAUUUCUCUUCCUCGUAGUGUUUAUUCCUUCUUUCUCCCCUGGAAUUUCGUCUUCCAACAGUUUUCAACUCUUUGUUUUUUCUAACACAAAACAAUUUAUCACAUCACUGAAACCCAAUAACUGACCUCUACCCAGUUUCCAAUAUCCCCCUCUCUAGAUCGCCGGCCUCCGCCAUGGAAGCUCGCCGGGAUUCCCAGCGGCGGCCCCGGCCGGUUCAAUGUACCACGUCGUUACUCGCCAAAAUCAACUCUGGAUCCUGAACCAGCAACUGGGUCUUCCCUAAAUUGUCUAAAGUUCGAAGCUUUUUUUCUAGGCCGCAAUGGCGGCUACUAACGCCUCUACUCCGCCGCCGCCUACGGCAGUGGAGUCUGGCAGUUCCUCAGCUGAUGAGCUGACUGCCAAAGCCGUACACAAGCGAUACGAAGGACUGCUGGUGGUACGGACCAAGGCUAUAAAGGGUAAAGGCGCUUGGUACUGGGCACACCUCGAGCCCAUCCUCGUCCACAACACUGACACUGGUUUGCCUAAAGCCGUUAAACUCAGGUGCUCCUUAUGCGACGCCGUUUUCUCUGCCUCCAACCCUUCCAGGACCGCCUCCGAGCAUCUCAAGCGCGGCACUUGUCCCAAUUUCAACUCUCUGCCCAAACCCAUUUCCUCCGUUUCCCCUUCUUCAUUUUUAUCUCCUGCUCCCACUUCUCCGCCUGCCCUUCAACACAUCAAUCGCAAACGAACCUCCUCUGCCGCCGCCGCCGCCGCCGCCGCAGGUGGAGGCGGAGGCGGAGGCGGAGGCGGAAGUGGUGGGUCUUCUUACCAAGUCUCACCUCUUGCGAUUGUGGAUCCUUCGCGGUUCUGUGGCGAGUUGAUGUAUUCUCAAUCACCACAUUUGAUGUUAUCGGGAGGGAAAGAGGACUUGGGGGCGUUGGCUAUGUUGGAGGACAGCGUGAAGAAGCUAAAGAGUCCAAAGACUUCUCCUGGGCCAACGCUGAGCAAGACGCAGAUUGACUGCGCCCUCGAUUUCCUCGCCGAUUGGGUUUACGAAUCCGGUGGCUCUGUAUCGUUUUCAAGCCUGGAACAUCCGAAAUUCAGGGCGUUUCUCAACCAAGUUGGACUACCCUCGAUUUCUCGCCGGGAAUUUACGAGUUCGCGGUUGAAUUUGAAAUUCGAGGAGGCGAAAGCAGAGUCGGAAGUUAAGAUUCGUGAUGCUAUGUUUUUCCAGCUCGCUUCCGAUGGGUGGAAGGAUAAAAACUACGCUGUUUUUGGCGUCGAUAAGCUUGUGAAUCUCACCGUGAAUCUCCCCAAUGGUACUAGCUUAUACCGGCGGGCUGUGUUCGUCAGUGGCUCUGUUCCUUCUUCGUACGCUCAGGAAAUUUUGUGGGAAACCGUUGCUGAUAUCAGUGGGAAUGUGGUUCAACAGUGUGUAGGGAUUGUAGCAGACAAGUUCAAGGCUAAAGCGCUUAAGAAUUUGGAGAAUCAAAAUAACUGGAUGGUCAAUCUCUCUUGUCAGCUUCAGGGCUUUUCAAGUUUAGUUAAGGAUUUCAGCAGGCAGCUCCCAUUGUUCAAGACUGUGACUGAGCAUUGUAUAAAGCUUGCUAAUUUCGUCAAUUACAAGUCUCAGGUUCGUAAUUGCUUCCAUAAAUUUCAGCUGCAAGAGUACGGCCACGCCGCUUUGCUCCGAGUGCCUCCUCGCGACCAUGAGAAGCUCAACUCUGGUCCUGUUUUCACUUUAAUGGAUGACAUUCUCAGCUUCUCUCGAGCUCUGCAGCUGGUCGUGCUUGACGAGACCUGCAAAAUCGCUUCCAUGGAGGACCCGAUCGCGCGGGAAGUAGCAAAGUUGAUUGGGGAUGUGGGGUUUUGGAGUGAAUUGGAGGCAGUUCAUAGUUUGGUUAAAUUGGUAACAGAAAUGGGUGUUGAGAUUGAGAAAGAUAGGCCACUGGUUGGGCAAUGCCUCCCAUUGUGGGAUCAGCUGAGGGCGAAAGUGAAGGAUUGGUGUUGUAAGUUUCAGAUUGUUGAAGGGCCCGUUGAGAAAGUGAUUGAAAAGAGGUUCAAUAAAAACUACCACCCGGCUUGGGCGGCGGCGUUUAUCCUUGAUCCAUUGUACUUGAUAAGGGACACGAGCGGGAAGUACCUGCCGCCAUUCAAAUGCCUCACUCCUGAUCAAGAGAAGGACGUGGAUAAGCUGAUAACCAGGCUGGUGUCCAGGGAGGAAGCUCACAUUGCAUUGAUGGAGCUGAUGAAAUGGAGGACAGAAGGGCUUGAUCCAGUUUAUGCAAGAGCUGUACAAAUGAAGGAAAGGGACCCUGUAAGUGGGAAGAUGAGAGUGGCUAAUCCACAAAGCAGUAGGCUUGUUUGGGAAACUUAUCUUACAGAAUUCAAGUCAUUAGGGAAGGUUGCAGUGAGGCUGAUUUUCCUUCAUGCCACUUCCUGUGGUUUCAAAUGCAACUGGUCUAUGUUGAGAUGGGUGUCUUCUCAUACUCACCAAAACCCUGGAAUGGAGAGGGCACAGAAGUUGAUAUUCAUUUCAGCUCAUUCCAAGCUCGAGCGCAGGGAUUUUUCCAGCGACGAAGACAAGGAUGCCGAGCUUUUCUCCCUACCCAACGGUGAGGAUGACGUUCUUAACGAUGUUUUUGCCGAUACAUCCUCGGUGUAACGGUUUUCGAUUUUUAUUUUUAUUUUUAUUUUUUCUUCUUCUUCAGAUUCUUAGGAUUUAUUGAAUUCUUUUCACUGUGUUCUCCUUGAUUUGUACCAAAUUUAUUUCACCUUAGAAGAUUUUGGGGGAUGUAGGGUGGAAGAAACAGGGUUGUUCAUAUGAGAUUGACUUUUGUAUUCCUCGAAAUGCAUCGGCUUAUCCAUAUUGUUCUAUUUUUCCAUGUCA